ACGCGCUCGGGCAGGCACGCGAAGCAGCACUACCCCACGCUGCCACCCUGCUUUUCUUCUUGUAUUGUUCGAUACCCUGAUAGACGUCUUGCAAUAUGUCGGCCGCACAGCUGUUGAAUCCGAAGGCGGAGUCGAGGAGGCGCGGGGAAGCUCUCCAGGUGAACAUCUCGGCUGGUGAGGGCCUGCAGAAGGUCCUUGCCUCCAACCUGGGACCCCGCGGUACACUGAAGAUGCUCGUCGACGGCGCUGGUGGAAUCAAGCUCACAAAAGAUGGAAGUGUUCUGUUGAAGGAAAUGCAAAUCCAAAACCCCACCGCCGUCAUGAUCGCGCGCGCAGCUACAGCACAGGACGACAUCACAGGAGACGGAACGACAUCAGCAGUGCUUUUGAUUGGAGAGCUUUUGAAGCAGGCAGACCGCUACAUUGGCGAGGGUCUUCACCCCCGUGUCAUCACAGAUGGUUACGACAUCGCGAAGACGGAAGCGUUGAAGUUCCUCGACGAGUUCAAGCUCGAGAAGGAAGUUGACCGCGAACUCCUGCUCUCCGUUGCCCGCACAUCGUUGUCCACGAAGCUCGACAGCUCGCUCGCCGAACAGCUGACCCCCGAUAUCGUCGAUGCCGUGCUUGCCAUCUACCAGGCACCGGAGAAGCCUGAUCUGCACAUGGUCGAGAUCAUGACCAUGCAGCACCGCACCGCCGCCGACACACAGCUGAUCAGGGGUCUCGCGCUUGACCACGGCGCCAGGCAUCCUGACAUGCCCAAGAGGGUGGAGAACGCAUACAUUCUGACCCUCAACGUCAGUCUGGAGUACGAGAAGUCCGAGAUCAACUCUGGUUUCUACUACUCGAGCGCAGAGCAGAGGGAGAAGCUCGUCGAGAGCGAGCGAAGAUUCGUCGACGAUAAGCUGAGGAAGAUUGUCGAGCUGAAGAAGGAGGUCUGCGGCGACGAUCCUACCAAGGGCUUCGUUGUUGUCAACCAGAAGGGUAUCGACCCCCUCAGCUUAGACGUGCUGGUCAAGAACGGUAUCUUUGCGCUCAGGAGAGCAAAGAGGAGGAACAUGGAGCGCCUCCAGCUUGUCUGCGGUGGCACAUCACAAAACAGCGCCGACGACCUGACACCGGACGUGCUUGGUUGGGCCGGUAACGUCUACGAACACACUCUGGGCGAGGAGAAGUACACCUUCAUCGAGGACGUCAAGGAGCCCAAGUCGGUCACACUCCUCAUCAAGGGACCCAACUCGCACACCAUCAGCCAGAUCAAGGAUGCCGUCCGCGAUGGUCUGAGGAGUGUCUACAACAUGAUCGUCGACAAGAGUGUCGUGCCUGGCGCUGGCGCGUUCCAGAUUGCCUGCGCUGCCCGCCUCAACAGCGAGGAGUUCAGGAAGACAGUCAAGGGUAAGGCGAAGUGGGGUGUCUCCGCUUUCUCUGAUGCGCUUCUCGUCAUUCCCAAGACACUGGCUGCCAACUCCGGUCACGACAUCCAGGAUUCGCUGGCUGCUCUGCAAGACGAGCACGCAGAGGGCAACGUUGUCGGUCUUAACCUGGCCACCGGUGAGGCCAUGGACCCCAUACAAGAAGGUGUCUUUGACUCGUUCCGCGUGCUGCGCAACUGCAUAGCUUCGGCUACCGGAAUCGCAUCUAACCUGUUGCUGUGCGACGAGAUGCUCAAGGCACGACAAAUGGGACGUGCCCCUGGCCCUGGUGACGACCAAUAAAGUAGGUUGGUGAAAAGCUCUACGAUGUUGUGAGGACUGAGAACGAGCGACUGCUUCCUCUCAGCUCCGCUAUACCUCGUUUUAAAUGAAACCACAUAAUCAAACGAUUGAGCAAUACUGAACCGGUGAAAUAUGUUGAGCAAAUACCCCAUAGAAUGUCCACCUACUUGAACCCUGCUUUUGUACAACGGCCUUAGAAACUGGGUGAGGUUCGAAGCGAGGAGCACGUGCCUAUGAGGGGCUUCCUGGCAUUCCAGCUGAUUCUCAUACUCGCUGCGGGGCAAACGUC